CUUAUUUUAAUUAGAAAAUAAUUUAAAGAUUGUAAAUUGUAGUUCCAAGUUCCUUGCCAGCCACCCAUAUAACACUCCCCCCCAACACCAAACACACAAAACACAAACUUAGAAAUGGAAGAAGAGAAGAGAUUAGAGCUAAGGCUGGCUCCUCCCUGUCACCAACUCACUUCUAACAACAACGGAUCUAAACAAAGAAGCUUCACCAAAGAAACAUCAUUUGUUUCCAAUAACAGAGAUGAGAUAGCCUCGGUGGUGGGAUGGCCGCCGGUUAGAUCAUCCCGGCGAAAUCUAACGGCACAGCUAAAGGAGGAGAUGAAGAAGAGGGAGAGUGAUGUAGAGAGAGAGUUGUACGUUAAGAUCAACAUGGAAGGAGUUCCCAUAGGAAGAAAAGUCAACAUCUCCGCUUUUAACAACUACCAACAGCUUUCACAUGCCGUUGACCAACUCUUCUCUAAGAAAGAUUCGUCGGAUCUAAACAGACAAUACACUUUGGUCUACGAAGACACUGAAGGAGAUAAAGUUCUGGUCGGAGAUGUUCCUUGGGAGAUGUUUAUAUCGACUGUGAAGAGAUUGCACGUUUUAAAGACCUCCCACAUCUCCUCGCUCUCACCUAGAAAACAUGGCCAGGAAUAGAGUGAGGUUCGCCAAAAUCAUCACCAGUUCGAUGAUUUGUUUUUGGUUGUAAUUUUUAUGGAAACUAAUAGGGUUUGGCUUGAUUUACCGAGUUUUAUUAUUAUUAUUAUUAUUGUUACUUUUUCUUUUUCCAACUCAUGUUCUUGGUUUUUGCUAUUGGAUGACGAUUUUAUGUAAAUAUGCAGUUUGUGUAAGUAAGCGGGGGUGGUGUUAUAUAUAUUGUGUUGUCGUUUUGUAUAAUAAAUAAGUUGUUAAAGCCUGAUAUAUAUACUUCAUGACUUCUCUUUUUAAGUAGGAAAUUAAAGAAAAAGAGUAUACUGAGC